UUAAAAUUAACGUUUCAUACAACUAAUCAUAUCAAUAUUUUAAUUCCAAAACAAGAAAGUCCCUCGGCAAUUAACGCAUGUAUAUCCUUAUUUUUACGAUGUUUUUGACAGCUAUGGCCAAGAUGAUUUUCGAAAUGACCAUUUAUAUAUUGAAACGAAACAAUGUUGCCAAUUCUUGUCGUCUGUCUGCUUUUCCUCCAGUCUUCAUCGGUAACUUGUUAUGGUGCCAACGCACAGCAACGUUUAUGGGCAGGGCAAAACAUGUAUCCAGGUGCAAUGGUUCCCAUGAUGCAACCUGAAGGUCUAGGUCAUUACGAACGCUAUGUUCCUUACCAACCAUCACAGCUUCCCUGGGGAAAUAUGCGUAUGCCAAUGCCGUUCUAUCACAUACCGGGCUGUGAUAUUCCUUCCCACCAAAAUAUGCACAUGAUGCGUUCACCAUUCAUAAACGAAAACCAAUUGACCGGAACUCCUUUCCAAGAUCUAGGUCAGUGGCAGCAAGUAGAAUUUCAAAAUGGAAUACAAGGUCAAUGGAACCAACCAGCUAUCAAAGACCAAUGGAAGCAAACCCAAAUACCAAAUAAAGUAAAUGACCAAUGGCAGCAACCAUUUCCUCAUACCAAAGGUAACAACCAAUUCAACCAAGCAGUAUUCGAAAACCAAGGUAACAGUCAGUGGAAACAAGCAUCAUUUAACAAUAACCAAGGUGGAUGGAAUCAACAGAAUUUUAGAAACCAAGGUCAAGAUCAAUGGCAGCAGGCAAAUAACUGGAAUUUGGAUCCGAAUGUGAAAAUGAUUGGCCAAUGGGAUGCUUUUCCAGCAAAUGAUCAGAUGCUUCGACAGCCAGCUGUAGCUGAUUUGGCGCGAACAAGGACGGCAACUCGGUUUGAUACGGUAAAACCAGUACAACCUGGCCCUCAAACAUUUGGUUUUGAAAAGUUAGACGCACCAGUGCAGAGUAGAGGGCAGAGAUAAAAAAGAUAUAUAACAACACCCAUCAUGUCUUUCAUAAUUUAUCGUCUGCUCAUAAAUAUGGUUAUAACAAUGAAUAAAGCAUAAUAAUA